AUGGAGAACACUACUCAUUUCAAGGUCUUUAGGCUUGCUGCAUAUGGUGAUAGCGCACAAUUGAAGAGUUUCUACUUUGCUGUAGUAACUGUAUUAUAUUCUCUAAUCAUUGUUGCCAAUGCUCUGCUUAUUGGAGUUAUCUGCAUUGAAAGACGCCUUCAUGAACCCAUGUAUCUGUUUCUAUGUUCUCUGUUUGUUAAUGAGUUGUAUGGCAGCACUGGUUUAUUUCCUGCUCUCAUGUUUUACCUGCUCUCUGACACAAAUUAUAUUUCCCUCUUUUACUGUUUUCUUCAGAUUUUUGUUUUGUAUACGUAUGGUCUAACGGAAUUCAUUAAUUUAGCAGUUAUGUCCUAUGACAGGUACUUAUGUAUUUGCUAUCCUUUACAUUAUAACAAUAUUAUGACACCCCAAAAGAUCUGUGUAUUAAUUCUGCUUCCCUGGUUGCUUUCUUUUAUGAGCCAUGCCACUGUUAUGUCCCAGAGUUUGCAACUACAAUUUUGUGGAAAUAUAAUAGACAGAGUGUACUGUGAUAAUUACUCAGUAGUCAGGCUUGCCUGUUCAAAUACUACACUGAUUAACAUGUGGGGUCUUGUUGUCACUAUGCUUUUUUUAUCUUGUACUAUAUUUCCUACCAUAUACUCAUACGUAAGAAUUAUACAAAUAUGUUUAAAGUCUCCUGAAGAAACAAAACAGAAAGCAUUUAACACGUGUAUACCACACAUAGCAUCUUUGUUGAACUUUGCCUUUGGUUGCAUAUUUGUGAUUCUACAAAGCAGAUUUAAUAAUGCAGACCUUCCACCUAUACUUCACACUAUUUUAACAGUUUAUUUUCUAAUAUGUCCACCACUUCUCAAUCCUGUUAUGUAUGGUUUAAGGAUGGUUAAAAUCAGACAGGCUUGUAAAAAGGUACUUAGCGUAUAA